AGGAGUUGGUGCUGAGGACCGAGAACAAUCCCGGAUCAGGCUUCUCCAGUGGAGCCCCUCCACCCAGACUGCUGCUGGACUCUGUGAGACUAAUUUCAGUCAAGCGGAGCUGCUGGUUCAGGACGCCUCCUUGUCUCUGGAAGUUGCGGGUCUUGGCCGCGGUCAGGAUGGACGCAGAUGCCCCGGUCAACUGUAAGAUAGUGGUUGUCGGAGACAGUGAGUGCGGGAAAAGCGCUCUGUUGAACGUGUUUGCCAAAGACUGCUUCCCUGAGUGCUACGUGCCCACGGUGUUUGAGAACUACACGGCCAGCUUCGACCUGGACCUGCAGCGGGUGGAUCUCCGGCUCUGGGACACCUCAGGUUCUCCCUACUACGACAACGUGCGUCCUCUCUCCUACCCUGACGCUGAUGCAGUCCUCAUCUGCUUUGAUAUCAGCAGACCAGAGACAUUAGACAGCGUCCUCAAGAAGUGGAGAGCAGAGGUCCAAGAGUUCUGUCCCAACACCAAGGUGCUGCUGGUGGGCUGUAAGUCAGACCUGCGCACAGACCUCUUCACCAGGUCCCACAGCAGACACACUCCAGUCUCCUAUGAUCAGGGCUCCAACACAGCCAAGCAGCUGAGCGCCCCCUACCUGGAGUGUUCGUCUCUGCAGUCUGAGAACAGUGUCAGAGACAUCUUUCACGUGGCCACGCUGGCCUGCAUCAAUGAGAACAGCAAGAACAUGAAGAGGAGGAAGUCCUCCAGAGCCACCAAGAGGACGUCUCACAGUGGGAGAGACGUGUCCACUGGAGUAACGACUCACUAUCAGCAGACCAAAGCUAAAAGCUGUGCUCUCAUGUAAAACACUCACCAGAGGACAGUGCUGGAGUGGACUCAGCACGUGGACCGUCUGUUUUAAGGUCUGGACUUCAUCUCAACAUGGAGCAGGUGUGACGACUGAUUUGGUGCCCAGCAGACCUUAUGGAGACAAUGGACUGGCAGAAUACUGUGACUCCCAGUACAGACUACUUUGACUCCAGUACAGACUACUGUGACUCCAGUACAGAAUACUGUGACUCCCAGGACAGGCUACUCUGA